ACGUGUUCCACUUUGUUUACGUGACCUUUGAAGGGCCUUGUUUUGAUUUUGUGAAUCGAACCGCGCGAAGAUCCGAAAAUAAAAUUUGCAAAUCGAGCUCCGAUCAUCGAAGAUGAUUAAAAUGGACCAAAAAAAGAAAUCCGCCCAGACCAAGGCCACAAUCGCAUCCCUCCAGGCGGAACUAUCCCGCCUUCGAUCCAAGGCCAUGAAAAUCGAAGGAGAACGAAUCGAGACGUCCGUCCGCCACACCGACCUUCUGAGCCACUGGAGCUCGGUCUCGGCUACGUACGUCGGUGCGAUGCGCCAACGGGACGACACCAUCCGGCGGCUGCUGGCCGACAGCGGCAUUCGGCCGCCGGACGGUGCCACCCUCGAAAACGACGAAAGGCUUCGCCGGGCUGUGCUGAAAACCGCCGACAAGGCCGUCCAAACGGAACUGUGGUGAAGAACUUUGGAGUUUAGUGUCGUGUAUAUUUAACGGGUUUAAAUAUAAGCUAAAGUAUCUAAUCUUAUAAAAAUUAUAGUUAAAUAUGGUG